GACCAGCAGCCAUUCAUGUUGUUGGAUUACUGCUGUCGAUGUUUCGGAUUCACACUCAUAAAACGCCAUGGACCCAUCUCCCUCAAGACUACACCCAGUGAUACCUGGGUCGUCCUGCAGAAUCUGUUGAUGUGCAUGGUGUGCUUCUACUCUCUCUACUACAUCGUGGUCAGUCUUUGCAUUGGACUGCUCAGGGUCCAUGAGAUCAACAGCUUGUUGGCUCCAUUCGACUACACAACACAACCAUCAUGGCACAACCCCAAAUACCUGGUGGGUGUAAUUUCCACAGAAGUGACCUAUGUUUUAGGAGGGCUGGUGUUCGCCUGGAUUGUAGAGGAGUGGGUCUGGGAUUAUGCCAUAACUGUCACAUUGCUGCAUGUCGCGAUGACUGUAGCAGUGAUGUCAGACUUCCCUUCAGCUGAGCACUGGUGGAUAGCUCUGGGUUCAGGCCUGGUGAUGAUGAUAUUUGGGGGACAGUUCCUGGCCUAUAAACUCUUCAGAACCAACUUUGUCUAUCCAACUGAACUGCAGAACUUCUAAUGGACACAAAUGUGUAAAGUUUUUUUUUACUGGUUUACUAGUUAGUCUCAGAUGCCUGAUCCACAUUCCAUUGAGUUCACUUUGCAUCGAUUGUACUGCUAGGUUCAUGUUAUCCUACGUCUAUCCAAGACACACUUUGACUACUAGAUACUUGUUCAUUAUCAGCCACCACCAUUAUCUAUUGUCAGAUAUCUCAUAUCCUUCAUUUAACAGUGUUUUUUUUUGUUUUUUUAACAUAUUCUGUACAGUUUCAAAUAUUGUUUUGUACUUUUCUUUACAAUCUUCAUACUGUAAACAAAAUGUAUUAGCAGAAAUGAUGCCUGUAGCAUUCAGUAAAAGCCUGGAUUAUACAGCUGGAAAAUACGUACUACUAGCAGAUCUACUAGCUGAUAUUUUCCAGCUGUAAUGUCAGUAUAAUAUGUAGAAUGUGUUAAAUAUCAGUUUGUAGAGUCUAUAGUGUAGCAGUCCAAUACGCAAUGAGAAAUGCAAACAAAUUUAAAUUCAUUGUAGCUUGAUUUCCUCAUACUAGUCUGAGUGGAUUCUGUUUGAUUUCAUGUUUAUGUGUUAUGAAAAGUUCACACCAACACCACAAAUGGUGAUUUUAAUGCUGGAUGUAUAUAUUAGUUAAAAUCUGUUGGAUUUACAUUAAACACUUAAUGCA